GCAGUAUGGUAUCUUGUUGAGCUUGAAAAGUGGAAACUGGCUGUGGGCGGUGGCUGGGUUGGCUUGCUAUUAACAGAACCAACAUCCUCAACAACCUCAACCUCAACUUCAACUUCAACCAACACAUUCACUUGCAAACCAAAAAAAAAAAAAACAGAAACCAUUCAGGAUGGCAUACCGACAAACCGAAAACAUCAAUCGAAUCAGGGAAGUCAUGGGAGAAUCAAUAGACGAACCAACGAUCACCAAAGCACUCCUACUCAACAACAACGACUUCGAACGAACACUCAACUACAUCCUAGAAGGAAACUGCGAAGAACAGCAGGACCAACUCAGACAAUCCAUCACCGAUGCAUUCACUACCACCCCAAUCAAAUCAAACCCAUGGCCAUCAGCUAAUCACGAUUGGUCCCAAGUACCUCCAGACAAACCAACCCAGCCAGAUUACGGAACCCAUUCGAUCCUAGACACCACCAACGAAGCCCGCGAGCCACUGGUACUACCCAACUCGCCACCCAAAGGCUCAUACCAACCCCUAACGGUGACGGGCCAAACCACGCCCACCGAAGACUUCCGUUCGUCCAAUCAAGCCUUCCAUCUGAGCUCGACGAGCACGAGCAACCGGCUCAAAGGGCCCAUGAGCACCACAACCACUGCGGGUCAAGCCACUGGAAGCCAGUCAAUAACCAGCAAGAACAGCGUAGACUCGACGGAGAUCCAGUUGAUCGAUGACAGUCCCGAGAAGCGCUACGAAGCCGAACUCAAUGCGGCCAUCGAGGCCAGCCUGGCCGCGGACCCCGCCCUCAAUAAACCCUCCCAAAACAUUCCCAACCUCGAUCAUCCCUCCGCCUCACUCAAGGAUCUUACCGCCGAGGACGAACAGAUGAGUAAGGCGCUCGAGGAGAGCUUGGCUAUGAGCGGCUCGCGCACCCUCGAAGCAGAUGCCAAGUUCUCUCAUCCCCCACCCAGCAAACGCCAACGCACACCCGGAACACCUACAGCGCUCCGAGUCCACAACCCACAUCUAGUCUUCCUGCCUUGUCUCCUCUCGGCUAUGUAUGCAGCUCGGCCAUUCCGGGACCGCAUCUUGCGCUUCCAACCGACACCCAAAGUAGUCCAUCAUCAGCUCAUCGAUCACGAUCUUGAAGGUCUGUGGAACGGCAAAAGUAGUUGGAGGUCGGGCGAGAAUUGGGCUGAAAAACCACAGGCUUCUGAAAUUAUUUUAGCCGUCCAACGACUAUUUGCGACAAUGAGUCACACCAAAAGGGCCUACCUAGAUGUCCAAGAGUUGUCAUUAUUACUCGGAUACGAGGAAGGUGAGAUGAUCAGUUGGUCGCUCAACGAGCCCAACAAGGGAUGUCAUCGCACUUACGAAACUAUCGCCGAGGCUUGGCGUGAACUCGCUUCGAUCAAAGUCAAUGCUCCUAACAAUUCUGACUCGAUCGAUCAGAAACUCUUGCUCGAAUACGAAAAUGAACUCAGAUUAUUCCAUUGGAAGGGACAUAAGUUAUCGCUCCCAUUACCCGAGGAAGACGAAGAAGAAGAGAAAACCCGGAAAGAGAUCAGCAAGUCCACGGCCGACAAUUCGACGACCAGUUUGACGCUGAAUGCGAGUGUCGAAAGCGGGAGUAGUUUGAACGAGAUCUAUGCAUGUAUCGAUGCACAAGUAUGGCUACCGGAGAUGGGACAAGCGCAUUUCUUGGAUGGAAGUUCACAAGUGAUCGCCUUCGAGAUCGAUCGCCGAUCCUCCUCUUCUUCCUCUUCUUCAUUUAAUGGCAAUGGGCUGUUUGGUGACGAGCUUAAGAAACCUUUCGCACUACAUCCCGCCUUUUGGGUCGAUCGUUAUCUCCUCCAGAAUCGACAUUCUAUCGCUAGACUUCGUGACGAAAUCUCCAGGAUCGAGGGCGAGGCUGACGUCUCGCUUGCUAGACGUAAUCAAUUGGCUAUGGCUGGCGAUAAAGAUCUCUUAUCGACGCUCAAAGCGACGAUCGAUUAUCUGUCGGUUGAAAGUCAGUUCCUGACGCCUAGCUUGAGUGAAAGAGAGAAGAAGAAGAAAGAGAUGCUACCGAAGUUCCAAGAAUCCUUAGCCCGACUAGAGGCCGAACUAACGAGUUUGGAUGAGCGAGCGAAGACGGCGCUGGCGGAGGCCAAGGCGGUCUUCGAUGUCGACGAGAUGAAGAGGGUCGGUCCUCAUGAACUCGCUGCUGUGGUCGUCUCCGACGGCUUCUCGGGACGCGAACACAUGUGGACUUACAUUAAGGCCGACGACGGACGCUGGUUUAAGUCGCUCGACCAAUCUGUCACCGAGGUCUCUCUCGACACGGUGCUUUCUGACCCUGCUGGCCUUCAUAUGAAUAGCGGUCAUAUCUUCGCCGUAUAUGUCCUCAAACCUUCCUCCGAAGACCCCGUUCCGGCGGAUUCCUUGGACAUCAAAUUACCAUCACCCCUCGAAGAAGCGAUCAAGAAAGACAACGAGUUAUUUGGGGCAGAGCUUCUUGAAGCGAGCACGGUAUUCCAAGAGAAUGAGUACAUGGGAUCGAAUGUGGUAGAGGAUGUAGAGAUGACGGGGGACUCGCCCAGGUCGGAUGUAGCGGAUGCGGGAGGGAUCUUGGAUCUGGACAUGGUGGCUGAUGGAGGCAGUCCGACCUUUGGUCCCCCGCUCCGGCUCUCUGGCGGCGCCCGAUCGGACCUUGUCGACGAACUCUCUUCUUCUUCCGAGAGUGAUCUCGAAAACGACGACGAUCUCGAUCUGGAGGAGGAGGAGCGCGUCGAACUCGGGUUCCUUCAGAAAAUCUCUAGGCCCUUGGACGUUAGGUCGAUGACCGGAAAGGUCGGCGGUCGACCCAUCUGGCUCGAUCCCGAAAACCCUUUGGACCCUUCUUUAAGCGUUUGUUCUUCCUGUGAAUUACCAAUGAAGUUCUUGAUGCAAUUAAAUGCGCCAGAUGAUUCAAACCCAGCCGCGUAUUUCCGGACGCUAUACGUAUUCAUCUGUCCCCGCUUCUCGUGUCUGAAACGCUCGCUCAACUCGCCAACAUUGACCUCCACCUCGGUUGUCAAAGUGUUCAGGAUUCAACUCCCUCAGCUCAAUCCCUCUAUCUCUCCUAAACUUAAUAACAACAAGAAGAAGAAGAAGAAAAACACUAAGGCCCGGCCGCCGGUUCCUGGAGUCUCAGAUCGCACCUCGUUUCGUGAAUGGGAAAUCGUCUGUGACCUGGAACCCGCGGACCUCUCGGUCGCUGGGCAGCUUGAAUCUCUUGGUUUGAAAGAUCAGCAGAAGAACUUCGAGCUCGAUUCCAAGAAGCAGCCGAAGACGACUGGGAUCGGCAGUAAGGGACAAGAAGACCAAGACGCGUCAUUCAAGGAGACCAAGGCGUUAGUCGACGAUGGCUUUUUGAAUUUCCAGGCUCGCAUCUCUCGCGCUCCAACGCAAGUUCUAAGAUAUUUGCGCGUCAAAACUCCCGAGAUCGAGCCGCUUUGGGCCACCGAAUUCUCGCCCCUUCAGCUCCGAGAAAGCUUGUCAGAAGACCGGAUCUGUCGACGGUGUGGGACACAACGAACCGCCGAAUUCCAGAUCAUUCCGACCCUAUUGUCUAGUCUCAACCAUCCUUCUUCUUCUUCUCCUUCGUCCUCUUCUUCUUCUUCGGUUCAAGAAAAAGAAAGUGAUGGAGAAGAAGCCGAUAAAAAAGAUUGUAGUAAAGAGGAAAAGCAAGAGGAAGAAGAAGAGAUGGAUUUCGGGACGAUCGUCGUGUUCACUUGUCCUCGUUCUUGUUCCUCUUCUGAUGAAGAUGAAGAUGAUGAUGAUGAUGACUCGUCCCGAAAAUCUCCUCCUUCUUUGCCUCCCACUACGACUCUUGAUAAUCCUGCUCUUUUGUCAGAUAGUAGUCUGUCUUCGAACUCCACUUCUUCUUGUUGGACUACUGAAAUCGCUGUCGUUCAAACUUUCUCUAAUCAUUCUGUGUUUCCUAUCGCUCCUUCUUAACGCUCUCUUCAUCUCUUUCAGAAUU